UGUCGCCGUUACAGGACCGGUGACUGUCACAUCCCCGGGUGCUGCGCCUCAUUUGGAUUUACACCAUGGAGUGUUUGGCCACUAACUUGCUCGCUCCCGGCUGCUGCCGUCUCAGGCUGCGCGUCCCAAUCUAAAGGUACCUCUGCAUGAUUUACAAUGGAAAGACUGCUCGCUGGCCUACUGCUGUUUGGAAUGGCAACGGCAGUGUGCGCUUGCCCCAAGUACUGCAUGUGCCAAAACCUGUCCGAGUCCCUGGGGACCCUGUGCCCCUCCAAGGGCCUCCUGUUCGUGCCCCCGGACAUCGACCGGCGCACGGUGGAGCUGCGGCUGGGGGGCAACUUCAUCGUGGCCAUCGGCCGGCACGACUUUGCCAACAUGAGCGGCCUUGUGGACCUGACCCUGUCCCGCAACACCAUCGACCACAUCCAAGCCUACUCCUUCGGCGACCUCGAGAGCCUGCGCUCCCUGCACCUGGACGCCAACAGGUUGACGGAGAUCGGGGCCAACGCGUUCCGCGGGCUGCUCAACCUCCAGCACCUGAUCCUGAACAACAACCAGCUCCGCAAGGUGGAGGACGGGGCCCUGGACGACUUCCUGGUCACCCUGGAGGACCUGGACCUCUCGUUCAACAACCUGGCCGGCCUCCCCUGGGAGGCGCUGAGCAAGAUGCUCAACCUGCACACCCUCAGCCUGGACCACAACCUCAUCGACUUCAUCCCCGAGGGCACCUUUGCCGAGCUACACAAGAUGGCCAGGUUGGACCUGGUCUCCAACCGGCUGCGCAAGUUGCCCCCCGACCCCGUCUUCGCCCGCUCCGACUUCCCGGCCAUGUCCUCCACCACCGCCGCGCCGUUCUCGCCGCCGCUCAGCCUGACCCUCGGGGGCAACCCGCUCCACUGCAACUGCGAGCUCCUCUGGUUCCGCAGGCUGAGCCGGGAGGACGAGAUGGAGACGUGCGCCUCUCCUCCCAACCUGAAGGGAAGGUACUUCUGGUCGGUGUCCGAGGAGGAGUUUGUCUGCGAGCAGCCCAUCAUCACCCAACACAGCCUCAAGCUCCUGGUCCUGCAGGGCCAGAUGGCCUCCCUGAGAUGCAAGGCCAUCGGGGAUCCCCAGCCCGUCAUCCACUGGGUUGCCCCCGACGACCGUCUCUUGGGCAACUCCUCCAGGACGGUGCUGCACGACAACGGCACCCUGGACAUCCUCAUCACCAUCUCGCAAGACAACGGCACCUUCACCUGCAUCGCAGCCAACGCCGCCGGCGAGUCUACCGCCCCGGUCGAGCUCUCCGUGGUCCAGCUCCCGCACCUGACCAACGGUACCGGACGCUCCCUGCAGCCCGGCUCCCGGCUCUCCGACAUCACCGGCUCCAGCAAGUCCCACCGUGGAGCUGGGGGCGAGGCCAAGGGCAGGCUGGAGAAGAAGGUCACCGUGUCGCAGGUGACGGCCAACACCGCCCUGGUCCGGUGGACGGUGGGGCGCUCGGCGCCCAAGGUCAAGAUGUACCAGCUCCAGUACAACAGCUCCUCGGAUGAGGUCUUGGUCUACAGGAUGAUCCCGGCCUCCAGCAAGGGGUUUGUGGUGAAGGACCUGGUGUCGGGAGCGGGCUACGACCUGUGCGUGCUGGCCAUCUGGGACGACACAGCCGCCACCCUGACCGCCACCAACGUGGUGGGUUGCGUGCGCUUUGCCACGGCGGUGGACUACGGCCGCUGCGCCUCCUUCCACGGCCAGUUCCUGGGCGGCACCAUGAUCCUGGUGGUGGGCGGCAUCAUCGUGGCCUCCCUCAUCGUCUUCAUCGCCGUGCUGAUGCUGAGGUACAAGUUCUGCCAGGGCCGCCACAAGAUGGCCGCCUCCGCCGCUGACGUCUACUCCCAAACCACCGCCGCCGCUGCCGCUGCCGCCGCCGCCGCCGUGCCGGCCCACAACGGCGUCCUACCCCAGCUACGGCACCCGCCGGCCACGGCCAGGCCCGGCCCGGCCCAGUUCGACUGCUCCUCCCUCAGGAGCAGCCUGUCAUCCUCCACCGGCUCCAGCCAGGACUGCUACAGCCUCCACAGUGACUCCAGCACCCUGUCCAAGAAGUGGAGGCCCACCUCUAGGUCCCGGCACAACAUGGACCGCCUGAUGGGGGCCUUCGCUUCGCUCGACCUGCGCUGCCAGCGGAGGGAGGACAGCUACGAGUCGGGCGCCUCCACGCUGGCCCGCUACUCGGACAAGGAGCCCCUCCUGGGCCGCAGCGAGUCGCGGCUCAACAAGCUGCUCGCCCUUCCCAUGGAGGGCAAGGCCCGGCGCAGCCAGUCCUUCGACAUGGGCGACUUCUCCGCUGCCGCUGCCGCCGCCGCCGCUGCCUCCGCCCAGGGCUGCAGCGGCUACACGCAGAGGGUCACCAACAUCUGGACUAAGAGGAGCCUCUCGGUCAACGGGGUCCUCCUGCAGUACGAUGAGGACGGACUGGAGAUCACCAGAGGGGCCUGUUGCAGCUCGGACUGGGUGAUGGAGAGCACGGUCUAGAGAGCGCGGGGAGGAAGGGAGGCAGGAGGAGGAGGGGCAUGCGGAGUCCCGAGGGGAGUGAGU